AUGAGCAGAACCAAGGGAAACUCGCACAGAGUAAUUAUCGUUGAUUGGGAUGACACGAUUCUUCCAUCAACCUUUGUGGAUCGGUACAAGAUCGAUAGUUCCAAGGAGCUUCCUCUUCACUUUCAAAACCUUCUCAAAGAAUUGAGCCGUUGUGCCGACAAGUUUCUUUAUGAAGCAUCCAAAUACGGAGAGGUGAUUAUCAUUACCAACUCGGAUGAAGGCUGGGUGAAAUACUCUGCUGAAAAGUACUGUCCAUCCUUGAUUCCAGUGGUGGCCAAGUACCGUGUCGUAUCUGCUCGCACACGCUAUGAGAAAUUUUAUCCGGGACAACCCUUGUGCUGGAAGGCGGCUGCCUUUGCCCAUGAGGUCAAUGAAAUUUACGAAAAGCUAAAGGACGACUCUUCUUCCUGUGCUAGUUUGGAAGGAACCGAUGUCUCGUCUGCAUCAUCGCUAGAGUCCAUGGACGAGGAUAUCGUGCUAGACCGUCGCCAAAUCAUUUCCUUUGGGGACUCGACGGAGGAACGAACGGCUGUGAAUAUUGUCUCGGGACAAUUGGAUGCGGUUCCAAAGAGUGUCAUGUUUAUGAACUCGCCCUCACCUGCACAAAUCAUUGGACAACUUCACAUGCUAACUCAUCACAUGGACUAUGUCUGUGAUGGAAAAUCCUCGCUCGACUUGCAAAUCAGUGUUGAACAGGCAGACCGAUUUGCAGAGACUUAUCUCAACCUGCAAGAUGAUACACCCUAA